AUUUUCAUCCAUUAAUUCAGAGACAAAGAGGAAAUAACAUCAGUUCUUUCAGAUGUGCAGCAGAGAAAAGUCUCUCAGUGUUCAGCAGCUGAUAGAAGGACAGGAGAUGUUGGUUCUGGAACUGGUUCUGAUCGUUGUGCUUCAGUUUGAAGGCAACAGAGGAGGAGAACUUCAUCUCUAUCACAGAUCUGGAGAUGAUGUCGUUCUAACUUGUAACAGUCCUUCAUCUUCUUACUCAUGCUCCAAUGUUACCUGGUUUUACAGCACAGAUACAAGAUCAGCCUCUCUGUCAGAGGUUCAGAAUGGAAAAGUUGAUCAGAGUUCACCUCGAGCUGCCAGGUUAAAUGUGGACAGUAACUGCUCUCUGAUCAUCAACAACAUCACUGCUGAGGAUGCUGGAGCCUACGCCUGUCGAUUUGGUUCAGGAACCACCUUUGAUGGCAUUGUGCUUCUGAGUGUUUUGACCAUCUCUCCAUCUCCACCAGGUGCUGAUCCAACAAAGGAUGAAGAUUUCACAUUACAGUGUUCUCUGGUCAGAUUCAGUGAGUUGGGUCCUUGUCCAGAGAAGAGCCUCCUCUGGGUGGAUGAGACAGGAAGUGAGCUGCUUGGUGAAGGUGUUGGGUUCAAGUCUGGAGGACAGACUGGCUGUGAUACUUAUAUCAAUGUGAAGCUUCAGAGCAGCAGCAACAGAAGAUACACCUGCCAGUUUGUUGAGGGAGACACAGUGAAGGUAGAAGCUCACUACACACCUGUGUUUAAAGUUAUCAGGGGAGAAGGAGUCCAUAUCUACCACAGAGCUGGAGAUGAUGCUGUUCUGUCCUGUAAAAGACCUUCAUCAUCUCGCUCAUGCUCCGCUGUUGACUGGUUUUAUACGACAGCUGAAAACAUGGAGCGUCAACAUGAAGUUCAUGGAGGAAAAGUUCAGAGUUCAGCUCGAGCUGCCAGGCUGAGGUUGGACAAUAACUGCUCUCUGAUCAUCAACAACAUCUCUGCUGAGGAUGCUGGACGUUACACCUGUCAGCUUUGGGAUGGAGGACGCUUUGACACGGAUGUGCAUUUAAACAUGAUGAGCAUCUCUCCAUCUCCACCAGGUGCUGAUCCAACAAAGGAUGGAGAUUUCACAUUACAGUGUUCUCUGGAGAGAUCCAGAGGGUUGGGUCCUUGUCCAGAGAAGAGCCUCCUCUGGGUGGAUGAGACAGGAAGUGAGCUGCUUGGUGAAGGUGUUGGGUUCAAGUCUAGAGGACAGACUGGCUGUUAUUCUGAUCUCACUGUGAAGCUUCAGAGAAGCAGCAACAGAACAUACACCUGCCAGUUUGUUGAGGGAAACAUCAUGAAGAUAGAAGCUCACUAUCCGCCUGUGUUUAAAGCUUCCACUGACUGGUCUCCUCUGAGCUUCAUCAUGAUGACUCUGAGGAUCACAGCACUGAUUCUGAUGGUUGGAAUCACUGUUGGUAUCAUCAGAACCAGAGGAAGCAAAAAACCACAGAAAGACAUUAAUGUUCAUGAUGCUGUUGAUGAUGACCCAGUGGACUAUGAAAAUGAUGAAGAACGUUCUGCUGCCACAUUCUGCUGACCUUCAUCACAUCAGUUACAGUUUAUACAAAAAUAAUGUUUUAUUUUCAUAUUGCAUCUAUAAACAUGUUUGA